UCGUCACCACACGCUCGGCUUAAACCUGUUCUCCGCUUUUCGUUUUAAUUCGAAAAAAACGUUCGAGCGUGGCGCACGUUGCGAUUCCUCCGACUGAUCUUAAUCGUAGAGCAGCACUCACACCAGCACACGCCCCCCGCAAAACAGCACACACAGCCACACUCACAAACGACGUACACUGCCAGCGCAUAAACAAGUGCUGUUGUGGUUGUUGUUGCUGCUGCUGCUCGUCCGCUAAAAUGCUGAACGCUGCAGCGCUGCUUUUGGCGCUGCUCUGCGCCGCGAACGCAGCCGCCGCCGCCGAUUUGGCGGACAAAUUGCGCGAUGAUUCGGAACUCUCUCAGAGCACUGCCAAAUCCUUGAGGCGCCUUAUGCCAGUUAGGUUCUACAGCCUGCUGGAGAGCAAUCAAAUUGCCAACUCAACGCUUUCGCUGCGCAGCUGCACGAUCUUUGUGCCCACCAAUGAAGCCUUCCAGCGCUACAAGAGCAAAACCACCCAUGUGCUCUAUCACAUUACCACUGAGGCGUACACCCAGAAACGACUGCCGAAUACCGUGUCAUCGGACAUGGCCGGCAAUCCACCGCUGUACAUCACAAAGAACUCGAACGGCGAUAUCUUUGUGAACAAUGCCCGGAUCAUACCCUCGCUCAGUGUGGAGACAAACAGCGAUGGCAAGCGGCAGAUCAUGCACAUCAUCGACGAGGUACUGGAACCGCUCACAGUCAAGGCUGGCCAUUCGGAUACCCCCAACAAUCCGAAUGCUCUCAAGUUCCUGAAGAACGCCGAGGAGUUCAACGUGGACAACAUCGGCGUGCGCACGUACCGCAGCCAGGUGACGAUGGCCAAGAAAGAGUCGGUCUACGAUGCCGCCGGACAGCACACCUUCCUGGUUCCCGUCGAUGAAGGCUUCAAGCUAUCUGCUCGCAGCAGCCUCGUGGACGGAAAGGUCAUUGAUGGCCAUGUGAUACCAAACACUGUAAUCUUCACUGCCGCUGCCCAGCAUGACGAUCCCAAGGCUUCCGGCGCUUUUGAGGACCUACUUAAGGUCACCGUCAGUUUCUUCAAGCAGAAGAACGGCAAAAUGUACGUCAAGUCAAACACCAUUGUGGGUGAUGCCAAACACCGCGUGGGCGUGGUUCUGGCCGAGAUCGUGAAGGCGAACAUCCCAGUGAGCAACGGAGUAGUCCAUCUGAUCCAUCGCCCGCUGAUGAUCAUCGAUACGACGGUCACCCAAUUCCUGCAGGAGAAUGCUGAGAACGGAGCUCUGCGCAAAUUCUACGAAGUUAUAAUGGACAAUGGUGGAGCAGUUCUGGACGACAUCAAUAGCCUGACGGAAGUUACCAUUUUGGCUCCCAGCAAUGAGGCUUGGAACUCCUCGAACAUCAACAAUGUUUUGCGAGACCGGAACAAGAUGAGGCAGAUCCUGAACAUGCAUAUCAUCAAGGACCGCUUAAAUGUGGACAAGAUCAGGCAGAAAAAUGCUAAUUUGAUUGCCCAGGUGCCCACUGUCAACAACAACACUUUCCUGUACUUCAACGUUCGUGGUGAGGGAGCGGAUACCGUGAUAACAGUUGAGGGAGGCGGCGUGAAUGCCACCGUUAUCCAGGCUGAUGUGGCCCAGACUAAUGGUUAUGUUCAUAUCAUCGACCACGUGCUGGGCGUGCCUUACACUACAGUUCUUGGCAAACUUGAAUCCGAUCCCAUGAUGAGUGACACCUAUAAGAUGGGAAAAUUCUCGCACUUUAAUGACCAGCUGAACAACACACAACGCCGCUUCACAUACUUUGUGCCCAGGGACAAGGGCUGGCAGAAGACCGAGCUGGAUUACCCAUCGGCUCACAAGAAGCUUUUUAUGGCCGACUUUUCCUAUCAUUCCAAGUCCAUUCUGGAGCGUCAUUUGGCUAUUUCGGAUAAGGAGUACACCAUGAAGGAUCUGGUUAAGUUUUCGCAAGAAUCGGGCAGCGUUAUCCUACCCACGUUCCGCGACUCUUUGAGUAUCCGCGUGGAGGAGGAAGCUGGACGCUAUGUGAUCAUCUGGAACUACAAGAAGAUCAACGUAUACCGGCCCGAUGUGGAGUGCACCAACGGAAUCAUCCACGUCAUCGACUACCCACUCCUGGAGGAAAAGGAUGUGGUCGUGGCCGGAGGUAGCUAUUUGCCAGAAUCAAGCAUUUGCAUCAUCUUGGCCAACCUCAUAAUGAUAACAGUAGCAAAGUUCUUGAACUAAAUGCAUCCAAUCCAAAGCAAAUGCAAAUCAAACACAACAACAACAACAGUCGUCUACAGAACAAGAACCAACAACACUCAGUAUCAGACUAACUUAACAUCCACAUGGAUCUAAAUAAUCAGCACCAGUUUGUUGAUACCGACCGAAAACCACAAGCAACCCAAACAGUAUCUGUAAUAUAUGCGUCACAAGGAACGAUCAUCAUUCAAACCCAACAUGCCCACGUCCACGCCAUCUACAUACCCACACACACACUCAGAAAAAAACGCAUGCAGAAAACUGCCUGCUAAAUUUGCUUUUGCAUCGACAGCUUCUCCCAAAAUAGCUGGCAAGAAAGACUAGGUUAAAGUCGAAGAACCCUCUAUGUUUAAGUAUUAAACUCGAUUUUCCCUCAAACGGCCUUAUGUAUAAUAUUGAAUAUGAAACUUUCUGUAAAACAUUUUAAUUUUAUGUUCGACCUAUACUGGUAGCUUACGUUCAUCAGCUCGCUAUGUUUUAAGUUUAGACCCACACUGACAUUGGUAUCGUACCAUGGAACAACUGAUUGUGUUUAUGAUUUUAAGUGUACAUUUUUUGUGAAUUGCUUGUUUUAGUUAAUGGUCUAAUUUAUGAUAUAUGAAAUGAGUUAUCUUAAGUAGAAUGCGAAUCUCAUUGUACAUCUCGAAAACGAAGAAGCGAAGCAUAAGCAAUACGCGCAUCACACACUCAUACUCGAGCGCCCACACAUUCCCCCUACUCCUAUCCAUAAAUACAUACAACAUGUAACGAAACAAAGUCAUUGUAAGAUUUGAAAGUGUGAAAUUUUAUAAUAAACUGAAAGUUUUUCAUUUGAACCUUACUAUUAAGAGCGACAGCAAUCUUGUCUCGAACCAAUCGCGUGACCCCUGUAGGCCUAGAACUAUAUCAGUGUCGGACAAGAAAUGUGCAACCAACAAACCCAAUUAUAUGAUAUGCCAUCCUGCACUUAGUUACUAGCCCGCUAUGCAUGUGAACCUCCCGAAAAACCCAUUCGCCCACACACACCAGCCACUUGGAGCGAGAGUAGCCACUGCAACUAGGUUAGUCCAAUGUACAAGUUUCGAAAAUGCCGACAACUACGAAAACUAUACAGCAUACAUACAACUCCCUGUAAUCUAAAUCACUCACGGUACACAACUACAUGUCAUCAUUGAAUGGAUUUUGAUACCGAUUUUAACUUGCAUACAACCAAAAACAAGAACUAGACAACGUGAAGAGAUAUUGAACCAAAUUCUCCCUCGGCCGAGCAGUUGCAUUUCAAACUUUGUACGUAGUUUAAAACUAGUUUUUAGUCCGACGUAGAACAACCCAAUUGCUAACUAUAUACCAACUUUCUUUCUAUUUCUCUCUGUCUCUCCCCCUAAUGCUAUGUACUUAUAGGUUAGACAUUGUAACUAUUGUAAUCAACCCAGUGCGUUAAACCCGCGUGUUAAGUCGAACAGUAACACAGAAUUGUACUAUCCCCAAAUGAAUAACUAUCAGCCUACCAGUACACUGUCUCAACUCUCACCACCACCACCACCCACUUAGGAACUCAGUCGAACUCGAACUCGAAAUCAAAAACCCAGUUGUGGCAGUCGCUUCACGUAGUUGCUAAUUCCCGAUUCGAACCGAUCCUUUCCGGAAGUCUUAUCUUUAGUAUAGGUGGUUUAGUUUCAUUUGGAGCCGUGAGGUGCCGUAGCAGCUAAGUAAAAUUGUAUGAAAUGAAGAUGAACACGAGAUCGAAAUCGCACGGAAUGAUCAGAAAUCAGAAAUGAAUAAUGAAUACGCUAAUGAAUUGUACAAGUAAGCUUUAAAGAAUUGCUGGAGGAGCGCGGAUCGGAGAACUUAGAGGAGGGAGAACCGCAUUGCAAUCGCAUUGCAAUUUGUGUCGUAGUCAGUAGUUACAUGUUAAGCGGCGUCUUAACGUGUAACUAGUGCCUUACUAAAGAUAAACGCAUUACCUUAACCUUUAUACAAAUUUACUCAAAACAUACUUGUACCCCAAGCAUACGUUCCGCUUCGAAUGAUACCCAGAUAUAUAUACGGAGUUACACCCCAAGAAUACAAG